GUGCCAGAGGGAUGUGACGUCUGCCGUCAGGUGCCAACGAGCGGCGAUCGCGCUCGUCGCCGUCUUCGUCGCCGUCAACGAUGUCCAGGGCGCCGUGUUCUCCGUGGGUCAUGCCAAUGCCAUUGGGCGUGCAGGAAACCUACGUUUCACCAACAUCAUGGCGGACGAUGUGAAGGGAUGGCGUUUCCAGGAGGGCUACUACGAGUGCAGAGAGAGGGGCUACUACUACGUCUCUUUUCACGGACUCUCCACGCACGCUGUUCCUACGACUCUGGUGCUGCACAAAAACUCGGAGGAGGUGCUGGCAGGAUACGGCAGCGGCACUGACUACAGCACCGCCAGCAACUCCGGCAUCGUCUUGCUGGGACUGGGUGACAAACUAUCACUGCACGUGAUCACCGGCGACAUUCACGAGUCAGAGAACAGUCGGCGCAACUACGUCACUCUGAGCGGCUUCAAGGUCGCCGACAGCCCUGGAGGCCCGGUUGGCCCCCCCGGCGCAAUUGGCGCCGCUGGCUCACUGGGGGCCGG